UCCGUUUCAGAGCACAUGAGCACACACACCCACAGUGUGGCAACACCACAUCUGUGUGUCAGCCAGUCAUUCUACGUUGCAACAGAACAAACCGGUCGGUGUGUGACUACAACAAAAAGCAUCGAACUGGGACCUGGCUACUCGAUAUUCGCGUGUGUUUUUGUCGCCUGUAGCAUCAAAGCGAUAGUGAUCGGCAGCAACAUGGAAACUAUGGGUUGUCCCAUGGGUGGGGGGGCCACCAGACUGUACAGCACCAUUGGCGGUGGAGGCCGUUCCCUCCCCCUCACGCCAGCCCACCUCGCCAGACAGAAUCCCCCCCCAGAGAGAGAGCCACAGCCAUCCCCCUGCAAGGACUCCCAGGGGCCGUCCCAGCUUGACCCGGACCCCCUGGAGCAGAAGCUGCUCCGGGAGUGUGAGGAGGCCCUCAGGGGGCGCCCCCCGCGCUUCCACAGGCCCCUGGUCCACUGCGGGGACGGGCAGCGGGCCCCCGGGGCCCCCAUCAGGGUGCUGCAGUGGAACAUACUGGCCCAAGCUCUGGGUGAGGGGGCCGACUGCUUCGUCCGCUGCCCCCCGGAGGCGCUGAGCUGGCCCGAGAGGAAGUACCUCAUCCUGGAGGAGAUCCUCACCUACAAACCCCACAUCCUGUGUCUGCAAGAGGUGGACCACUACUACGACACCUUCCAGCCCGUGCUGCGCAGCCUGGGCUACGGCGGACACUUCUUCCCCAAGCCCUGGUCGCCGUGCCUGGGCGUCCACGGCAACAACGGCCCCGACGGCUGCGCGCUCUUCUUCGACCAAUCGCGUUUCGAGCUUCUCGAGAGCGUGAGCGUGCGACUCUCCGCCCUGCUGAUCCCGACCAAUCAGAUCGCCGUGGUGACGAAGCUCCGCUGCCGCGCCACGGCCAAGUGCGUGUUCGUGGCGGUGACCCACCUCAAGGCCCGCAGCGGCUGGGAGCGCCUCCGCGGCGCCCAGGGCUCGGACCUCCUGGCCCACCUCCAGACCCUCCUCCACAACCACAGGCACCCGCCCGGGACCACGGGCCCCCCGGACGCCGCCCCCUCCCUGAUCAUCUGCGGCGAUUUCAACGCGGUGCCGGAGGAGGAGGUGUACCAGCGAUUCGCCUCGUCCCCGCUGCGCUUGGACUCGGCCUACAAGAAGCUGAGCCGAGACGGCGCCACGGAGCCGCCGUUUACGACGUGGAAGAUCCGCCCGAGCGGCGAGUGCUGCAGCACGCUGGACUACAUCUGGUACGGCCGGGACUGCCUGCAGGUGGAGGCCGUGCUGGACCUGCCCACCGAGGAGCAGAUCGGGCCGGACAGGCUGCCGUCCUUCCACUACCCGUCGGACCACCUCUCGCUGAUCUGUGAUUUCAGCUUCAAGGAGGAACGCUGAACACCUGACUGAUCAGACAGCUGGGCGGGAAGGGGGGGGAUGACACCUGACUAGACAUUGACAGCAGGAAGGAGGGGAAAGUACAAAGUCAUGGCUCAUCAGGGAUUUCCUCCAGAUGGCGAUUUGAAUAUUAUUGAGACAUAGGGACAGUCCCCUGCCCGUGAAGGAAAUGAUUGCAGUGGUAUGGAAAUAGCCAAUGGCGGGGCAGUUCAAUGUAAUAAGAUGAUUCAAUAAAAUAACGAGUGAUAAAGUGA